UCAAUUUCGCCAGCACACAAUCCCACGGCGAGAUGGAGGCUCCCGGUGAGAAGGCGGCCCAAGGGCCGGUGCUGACGGAGGCGGUCACCGGCGAGGUCCUCUUCCGCCUCCCGCCGGACCAGCCGGCAUGCCUCUUCCGCGCGGCGGCCGUCUGCCAGGCGUGGCGUGCCUUCCUCACCAGCCCUGACAAUGUCCGCACCUACCGCGGCUUCCACACGGCGCCGCCAGUUCUGGGCUUCCUGCAGAACACCGGCCGCUCCGACGAGCCGUUUCCUCGCUUCGUAACCACCGCCGCCCCGUCGCCGCCGCUCCACCACCACCCGGAGUUCGACUGCGAGUUCUGGCUCGCGCUCGAUUGCCGCCACGGUCGCGUGCUCUUCCACACGAAUUUUCCCCUCGGCCUCAUCGUCUGGAGCCCCGUCACCGGCGACUAUCAGGUCCUGCCUGAGGAGCCUAUCCAGCUCGACCCGCCUGAUCCUCCCUACAGCGACUUCGCCGGUGCGGUGCUCUGCGCGGUGGACGGCUGUGACCACCUCGACUGCCCCCCUCAGGGGCCGUUCCGCGUGGUCUUCGCGGCCACCUCCUACGAGAACGUCGACGUGGUUUCCACAUGGGCGAUCCUCUACUCUUCGGAGACCGGAGCCUGGACCGAGCCGAGCACAGUCCACCCCGGCGCCGUCAUGAACUCGCCCGGCGUGACGAGCAUCAUGGGCCCAAGUCUGCUCGCCGGCGACGCGCUCUACUUCACCCUGGACCUCCUCAACAACCGUACUGUUCUCAGGUACGAUUUGGGCGGGGGUGCCCUGACGGUGAUGGACCCUCCACCGUUGGUUAGGAGGGACACGUUCCUGGUGACCGGGGAGGGUGGAGGGCUGGGAGUUGCCGCCGUGGAGGGCUACAGCCUCCGCCUCUGGUCCUGGGAGGCUGCUGCUGGAUGGGCGCUGCGCAGGGUCAUCGACCUGGAGAUGUCGAUACCCUUUACCAUCGGAGCCCCCAUCACCCAGCUCAAGGUGAUUGGCUUUGCAGAGAUGUCGGGUACCAUCUUCGUCAGUGCAAAUGGCAUAAUCUCCAGUGUCCAGUUGAGGUCUGGCCGAGUCAGCAAGUUCAGCAGGACCCCCAAUUCCUACACUAUCUUUCCCUUCGAGAUCUUCUACACUCUAGGAACGCAGCAGGGGCCAUAAGCAACACAAGUUUCCAGUGCAAGGUCUUCUACAUCAAGCUGGAAGUAUCUAGUGCUGCUGAAUGCAGAUAGUUUUCUUGGCCUUCUCUGCAAGAUGGUGACUGCAGUAGAAUAGUAGUACUCUCAUUGUGCUUUGGGAACUUGAGUUUGCAAUCAGAUUAGGAGAAUGAUAUUGCUCCUCGUGAUAACGUGAUGAUUUUUCCAGGAAUCCAUACUUACAAACUAAGUGUGCUCGUUUGAGAUUUUUUACUGUAGCUAAUGCUAAUGUUCAUUUCAUGGUCAGUAGCUUGCUUUGGAAUUUUGAAAUCAUGUGUGACUCUGCUUCUCUUUCCCUGAAGAAAUUAAGAAAGUGUAUUUGUGGGUUUGUCUCAA